AAGCAUCAACUGAAAUCAGUUUGCAUUUGAAAAUUGGGAUCAACACAAAGACUGGACAUUGUGGAAUAACAAGCAAACAAGCAAUGUCAUUUAAUGAUCAAGAAAGACUCUUGUGUUAUAAUGGGGAGGUCCUUGUUUUCCAGUUGUCUAAAGGAAAUUUUGCCGAUAAAAUGCCUGCAAAGACAUCCAUAUUACAUGUCAGAAGAAUGGUAUUUGAUAGAGGAACAAGAAAAUUUGUUUUGAAGUCUACUGGAGUCUUUAGUUUAGAGGAGGAAAGCUCUUGUUUAAAACUUACGUGUUGCAACUGUGUGUCAGAUUACAGAACUGGAAUUAAUCUCCCUUGCAUUUUGAUACAAUGCACAAAAGCUAAUAAUGUUUUCAAAUAUUAUUUGCUGCUUCUUCACAGCACUAAUAAAUUUGAAAAGUGUUUGACUUUUAAACUAGACUAUGAGUUGAAGGACAGCAUAAGGGUCCUUAAUGGCCCUUUAGUUUUAUGGCAAUAUGUAAAAACAUUCUUCUGUAUCUCUUCCCAAACUGGCAAAAUCAUUAGUGUGUCAGUUAACUUUUCCUCUAUUGAGUGGGCAGGUGAGAUUGAAAAUCUAGGUAUAGUUUUAUUGGGACUAACAGAAUUUUAUUUACCACAGAAAGAAUGUACCCCAAAGCUUUCAAUAUCAGAUUAUGAAAUUUGGAAUACCAAAUUUUGUAUAUAUUCUCUUGAAAGUCAAGAAAUAUUAAGUGAUACAUACAUUAUCCCUCCGGCUUAUAGUAAUUUGAUAGCUUAUGUGCAUGUCUGUGCAACUGAGAUUGUCAACAACCAGUUAAGGAUGUCUCUGCUAGCCCUCACUCAAAAAAAUCAGCUCAUUUCAUUCCAAAAUGGAACUCCUAAAAGAGUAUGCCAGCUUCCAUUUGGAGAUCCUUAUGCAGUUCAACUUCUGGAUUCAGUUGAAGGAAAUAUUUUUUUCAUUGUGUCAUUUAGGUCCAGUGAAGCUUGUGCUGUUUGGAGAAAGAACUUUCAGGUUGCUGCUAAGUGGGAAAAAGUUAGCUUAGUACUAAUAGAUGACUUUAUUGGAACUGGAAGUGAACAAGCCCUGCUUCUUAAGGAGUCACCAAAUUCAGAUUGCCUGACUUCAUUUCUAAUAACUGAUCUUGGUGAAAUAAACUAUUCAAGUGAGCCCUUGGAUUGUAAGAAAGAUGAUUUAUUUGGAGACCAACAUAAGAAUCGGUGCUUGGUGAUUCCACCUCUGGAAAGAAGAAUAAAAGUUGGUUUGGCUUCAGUUCAGGAAUUACAGCAGCAUCUCUUGCUUAAGGACAAAAUUAUUUCAAAAUCUUGGAAAGCUUUAAUAAACUUGAUUCAAGGGAAAGACGAUGGUGCCUCAAGUAUAGACGAGGAAUGUCUUGUUCCUUUUUGUGGAGAUGAAGAAACUUGUGUCCAUACUUGUGAUGAAAAGUUGCCAGAUACUUUUCAAGAUUCAGAACAGCUAGUAGAGAAGAUAUGGUAUCGUGUGAUGGAUGAUAAGUUAGUUGUCGGAGUGAAAACCACAUCUUCUCUGAAGCUAUCCAUGAAUGAUGUGACUUUAUCACUGUUAGUGGAUCGAGCAUAUAGCUCCAUUUUUCGGCUUAUUAAAUGUGAAAAUAAAGUGAUUAAGUUGAGUACAUAUUCUUCCUCAGCAACACACCUGAUGCCACAUGAAAUAGGAUCAGAGGCAAAAAGGAUCAAGUUGACCCCUCAUAGCAAUGAAGAGAAAAGCUUUGUUUGUGAAGGACCAUCUAAGAAAGAGUGUAUACAGAUAAUUACUGGUGUAACAUCUCUUUCACCGCUUUUAAUAUUCAGUAAAUUUUGUUGCAUUGUGCUGCUACAACUUAGAUUGAGAGAAAAUGGUAAGUAUCUUGAAGAUCGCUGUAUUCCAUGUGGCAGACUUUUUAUAAGUUUGGAAGAUCUUUCAAGUGAGAAAUACCUACUGACAUUUCCAAAGAAGAAUCCAAUAGAACACGUAGAAGAUCUUUUUGCACAUCUUGCAGUGUUGCACAAAUCUUGUUUUCAAGUCACAUCACCUGGUUCUUCCCUGAAUUUAAUGAAGGUGUGGCUCUUAGAAUACAUGAAAUGUGAAAUAAUCAAAGAAUUUCCAGAAAUGUGCUUUUGUAAACAGCCAAGUAAUAUCUAUGGGACACUUUUCAAUUGGAAACAAAGAACACCAUUUGAAGGAAUUUUAACAAUAUAUUCCAGGAAUCAAACAGUUUUAUUCCAGUGCCUUCAUAAUUUUGUGAGAGUUCUCCCUAUAAAAUGUUUCCUCCAAAAUCUAAAAAUAGGAAGUGAGGAUUUCCUAAUUAAUCAUUUGGCACUGAUGUUGGAGCAGGAACUGGCUAUCCUUAGUUCUGUUUCUACCUUUGCCUUAGCUGAGGUUGAAAACAACUUUGUGCAGAGGUGUGAAGCAAGCAGUGCCAUAACUACUUCACCAGACAGAGAGCACAAAAUCCAUCUAUACAGAAAUGAAAUUCAGAGAGAGAAGAAAAUGUUGAAAAUAAACCUAAAAGUGAGUGGUGCCCCUUAUAGAGAGAUGACUUUGAAAUUAACUGAGAUUCAGUUGAAAUCAGACCUUGUUGCAAAGAAACUGACCCAUUUAUAA